UCAAGGAUUCUUUUAAACAAUUGUAACAAUACAAUACAAGGUGCAAAUGAACUGAAUUGUUGUAGGACGGUGAGUUUGAGAGGAUCAAGGACAGGAAGCUUUUAGCCUAAGCUAUGACCUCUGCAAUCAGUGAUAACACGACCACACUGGCUGGCGUAACAGUUGAAUCACCGGCAGACUCUCUUAGUUGAAAUAUCAUGGCGAUAUUUGGAAAUGUCUCGUCAUACGAAGACGUACCAACUGCAAGCAGCAAUAGUACUCCUUCUUCAGUAGAGUGCUUUAGUGUUCCAGGGCAAGCUACCAUCGUGAUACACGUUUUCGCGCUCUUUGCCUCCUUGAUGGGAAAUUCCCUCCUAAUCACUGCCUUUGUUAGAAUGAAAGAAAAAGUCAUGCUGGUGAUCGCUAGCAUGGCAGCAUCUGACCUUCUGGUGGCAAUCUUUCUACUUCCUCGCUUCAUCUUAGCGGAGGUACUCGGGUCCAGCGCUUUCCUUAUUCACGGAGGAGGAGGCACAUUUUUGUGCAAGAUGUGCAGCUUCCUUAGCGAUAUGUCGUUGUCAGUAACAACUCUAAGUUUGAUUGUGAUCGCGGUUGAACGCUUCUUAGCUGUGGUGUAUCCUCUUUUGUACAUGAAAACCUCUAGUAGGAGACGUCGUCUUCUCGUAGCUUCAACUUGGAUCAUGGCUGCAGCAUUUCACUCGCCAUAUUUUUACAUGUUUCGACUGGUGACAAAAGUCGACAGUCAGGGUCAAGGUUACCAAGUCUGUUCCUUAAGCUGGGAACCAGCUUUCGAUCACCAGACAGUGCAUCAGCGCUACAGCAUCUUUCUCUAUACCACCGUUUUGAUUCUACCAUUGCUCGUUAUUUUCGUUUUGUACGCUGUUGUAGCUUUCCAACUUCGAAAGGACAAACUGAGUUCAUGCCGAAACGAGAACGGGACGAAACGGAUUCGAAAACGCACCCGGAGCCUACUUGUAAUGGCCAUUGCUACUGUUUUAGCAUUUCUGAUCUGUUGGACGCUCCACAUCGCAUUAACUGCCGUUUUCCUCUUUUCACCUUGGUUGGUUCCAAAGUGCAGCAAAAUCUUCAAGAUGAUGCUUUAUCUCUCGCACAUUUUGGCAAGUUGCUAUUGCGCGAUCAAUCCAUGGAUCUGCCUCUUCUUUAUUCCAAGGCUUUUUCGCGAAUUGAAAGUCAUGGUACAUAGAAGAACAUUUCGGCGGUAUGCAAUGAAGGGAAAAAAAAUGGGAACAGAGACCGAAAGUAGUAAUGUCCGGCUUCGGUUUGAGAGUCGCACGUGUUCAUUUACACCCGAUAGCGAUAAUCAGUAAAAAAUCGACCCAAGAAAGUCGCUGAUGGCUAGAGGCUUUUGCCAUCUCUUUUAACCUCUCUUCAGUGAGCGCAGAAAGGCAGAUAUAUGAAUCUCUUCCGUCAGGACGGCUUGUUUAAGGAUUUCAGUUUGAUGACUGGAGGAAGCACACUCUUUAAAAGGAUGUCCAAAGCCAAUCUUUCCCAGAAACAUUUUAUUCUUGUCGAGCGUUCUUCACCAUCGAUAUCACGAUGCUAACUGGAUAUAAAUUACACUUUAUGGGCCAUGAUUCAUAUAUUUUCCUUUUAUAAUAUUUUCUUGUUGUCUCCAAGGCUAACUCAAUGGUUUAUCUUUUGUUUAUUUCUCGUUUACACAAGAGUAUACUAAUAUCGCCCUGAAGUAUGAAGUUUUCUUUAUAGUUAUUUUACCGCAGGUAUAUAUUCAUAUAUUAAAAAUAACCAAGCAGAUCGUAGAAUCUUAGUGACGACAUAUCAUAAAAUAUAUGUUUCUAUAGCAUGUCUAAAAUUUUUAAUCAUUGGACCUUUGAGCACAGUUUUUUUAUUCUUUUAUUGGGCCGCCAUUGAUAAGUGAAGGGGCCAGCGUGUUUGAAUCAAUUUGAUCAAUACCACUAUUAAGGUCGCCCUCUACAUCCUGGGAAACAGAAUAUAAAAUGUUAGAAGAUCAAAUUUUGCUGCCUUUGUAAAAGGGUAGGGUACUUACAUGUGCACAUCCAACGGAGUCACAAAGGAUUGGACCAACUUCAAAACAAAUCAGCUGACAUAUAUACUAAGCAAGCGAUAACAACAACAAAAACGAUGACUAUGAAAGUGUCGGCCAUUGAUUUACUAGGUUUGCUAUUGGUGAUUGCCUGAUAAUCAAAGCUUUAAUUUAUGUAUGAAACUAAUGUCUUGAAUGUUAAAGAAUAUGGUGUGAAACGGAAAAAAGGUUUUCCUGAGAAGUUGUACUUAAUUUGAGGGAUUGUGUUCUUGUAGAUAUAACUGAAUGUAAAAGCUAUAUGUAGGAUAAUAGAAAAAUGAGAAAUUA